AUGGAGCCUCUAAAGCUGCUGAGCAUUGCACUGCUGCUGUGCCCUCUCACUUGCCUCUUGUUGAAGACUGUGGAUUCUCUUCCCUCUGCUUUAUCAAUCUUUCAAAUGCAAGAAGAAGCAGGACCAAAAUCAGGCUCCAGGAGUGUAUUUGCUGUUAGAAUAAAGGAUACUGUCAUCACAAGCCAUAAGAGUCAUCAUAUCUCAGGAAACCAGAGGUCUUGGAUAAACAACUUCAGAAAUCACCUAUGGGAUCUCUUCAAGAGCUUUGCACCUCCAGCAGCAAUUUUUGCUUUUCUUAUCACUUUGGCACUGAUGGGGACCCUCUGCUGCCUCACGUAA